UGAACGUCCCCUCGGUCCUCAUUGUGCAGCCGAGGAAACAUCGCAAGGUUUCGACGACGUUGGUAUGAAAUGGCAGAAACUGCUUGUGUCACGGAAGCAUAUAGAUUAGGUUACGUAGAAGCUACACAUGUUUUUGGCGAUGAUCCUGGCCUGCUAGUGUGAGAGAAAAGGGAGUGUGUCCGGAGGAAAAAAGAAUUAAAGUGCUGUUUUUCUCCAAAAAAGAAAAACGUCCGGGUUGUAUCUCCAGCAGACGGCGAACGGCGACUGCGGGUCGACACUGUUGGAAUUAACUGGAGAGGGGUCUUGAGAGGAGAGCUCCACUUGGAUGCCCAGUCACAGCGCUUGUCCAAGGCUUCACCAUGAACCGGAACAAGCGUGAAAAGGAGUACUACAGUACAGAUGUGGGCGAUUCAACUUUUACGGUUUUAAAGCGCUACCACAGCCUCAGACCCAUCGGAUCCGGAGCACAGGGAAUUGUCUGUUCAGCAUAUGACCACAACUUGGAGAGGAAUGUCGCUAUCAAGAAGCUGAGUCGGCCGUUUCAGAAUCAGACUCAUGCAAAACGGGCCUACAGAGAACUGGUGCUCAUGAAAUGUGUCAACCACAAGAACAUAAUCGGCCUGUUAAACGUGUUCACACCACAGAAGACACUGGAAGAAUUCCAAGAUGUGUAUCUAGUGAUGGAGCUGAUGGAUGCCAACCUCUGCCAGGUGAUUCAGAUGGAACUGGACCACGAGAGGCUGUCCUACCUGCUCUACCAGAUGCUGUGUGGAAUCAAACACCUGCACUCUGCCGGCAUCAUACACAGGGACCUGAAGCCCAGCAACAUUGUGGUGAAGUCUGACUGCACGCUUAAGAUCCUGGACUUCGGCCUGGCCAGGACAGCCGCCACUGGCCUCCUCAUGACACCCUACGUGGUCACCCGCUACUACCGCGCCCCUGAAGUCAUCCUGGGCAUGGGCUACCAGGCGAAUGUUGAUGUCUGGUCUGUUGGCUGCAUCAUGGCUGAAAUGGUCCGGGGUAGUGUGUUGUUUCCAGGCACUGAUCAUAUCGACCAGUGGAAUAAGGUGAUCGAGCAGCUGGGGACGCCGUCUCAGGAGUUCCUGAUGAAGCUCAACCAGUCAGUGAGGACCUACGUGGAGAACAGGCCGCGGUAUGCUGGCUACAGCUUCGAGAAGCUUUUCCCCGACGUCCUGUUUCCUGCAGACUCCGAACACAACAAGCUGAAAGCGAGCCAAGCUCGAGACCUACUAUCCAAGAUGCUGGUAAUAGACGCGUCAAAGCGGAUCUCGGUGGACGAGGCUCUUCAACACCCUUACAUCAACGUGUGGUACGACCCCACUGAGGUGGAGGCGCCGCCACCCGUGAUCACAGACAAGCAGCUGGAUGAGAGGGAGCACACAGUGGAAGAGUGGAAAGAGUUGAUAUACAAAGAAGUGUUGGACUGGGAAGAAAGGACAAAGAAUGGUGUCAUCAGAGGACAGCCAGCGUCCAUAGGUGCAACAGUGAGUGGCAGCCCCCAGCAGCACCACCAGUACCGCACCUACGCGUCCUCCUCCGCCAAUGAUGUCUCCUCCAUGUCCACUGACCCAACCCUGACCGACAACGACAGCAGCCUGGAGAUGGCCAGCAUUGCCGCUGCCCCCCCCGCUGUUGCUGCUGCUACAGCUUCAGGCCCCCUGGGCUUCUGCAGAUGACUAUCAUCUACACCUCCUCCUAGUCCUGGGCUGGGCAUCACACCACGGUCAUAUCCAAGACUUCUAGCCUGACACUGGCUCCCCCCCUCCCCCCCUCCCCCGGUGCAUUUGCCUCCUCCCACCUCCUGUCUGUGCUUGUCUUCAGUAGUGUAGCAAUUAGCGAGUUAGCUGUUUGAGAAGUAAGUUUGAUUUCUGAAAGGACAGACCUUUUUCUUUUUUUUUUCUUUCUUUUUUUUUAUUACGGUUAAAGCCUUUUUUUAAAAAUUAGGAUUUCUUUUCUUUUUAGUCCUAGCUGUAAUUUAUUGUGGCAUUUCUUAAUUUCUUUCGGAAAAACUAAGAUGAUGAUAAGAGAAUUUUUAUGAUUUCACAAUGUUCUGGUUUCUAUUAACCAACAGUGAGAAUUUAAAGAAAUAUCUGUAAAAUGUUUUAAUGUGAUCUAUUUUUCUGUUGAAAAUCAUUAGUUUCACUUGUAAGCUACUGCUUUUACAACUUGCCAUAUAAAUGUAGACUGAGUUUGUACAGAUUUUAUGGUAGACGUAGUUUUAUCUUCGAUACGAGUUUGCAGUGAGCCAUUGAGACAUAAUUGACAAAUGUAUGGUCUUAGUACUCCCCCUAUGUGUUUUAUCUCACAUCAUAUGGAUAUCGUUUUAAAUGCAUAUGACAUAUCCAUUUAUUUGAACCAAGAUCAUGUAGAUUUACUUGUAAAAAAUCUUUUCUUGUCAGUCACUACUACUUCGUACAUUGUAAAAAUUGUAAUGAAAGCUUUAUAAUUUGCUCAUUCUUCACUUCCUGUUCAGACAGGAUUUCAAAAAUCAUUUCCACUCACCAUUUGAUUCAUUUUACCUUCUACAUUUCAGCUAUAGGAUUGAUAACGGCACAGUUAGGUCCCGCAAGACAACGUGGAGCUUUUUGAUGACUGUCUUCUAUCUUUUUAAGUGCUUUAAAGAACCUCUUCCUCUUGUGUGCGGCGGGCUGUGUGACUUAAUGGACCUGGAGUGGUGGUUUUGCUUUGAAGAUGCAUGGAGAUCUUUUACAUUUUCCACUGGCUUGCUUUGACAGUGAGGUAUUGCUAACAGUUCAGGACUUGAGAAUGUUUUUUUUUUUUUUUUUUCCUUUUUUUCUGUCUGACAUUGGGAGGUUUUUCGAGAUGUUGAGUUGAGCGAGGUUGUAAAAUUGGCGACGGUGUAAGUAGAACGUGUUUCAGUCAAGUAGGGAAUUGUGAUACUGAGAAUGCAUGUGAACGUGUUGAUAUUCGGUGUCUUGGAGGGAUUGUGGUUCUGCAGCCUAAUGGUAGAGUGUGAAGAAGAUGUCUACUUCCUACUACAAGAUCCUAUUAUUAGUAAUGUACUUUAGUGAAUCUGGAGAUUUGAAAGUAAUUUUUCUAAAAGUUGGCCAAACUCUUUGUGUACCAGACUUGCCUGCAAUUGUGAAUAAAACUUAAAGAACCUAAAACAGCAGCACAAACAACGAGAGUCGAAAGAAACAAAUUAUGGUAUGCAAUAAUAGUGCCCUUUUGAGUGUUUUUGAUUUAGCUUUGAAAGGAAAAGUGCCUGUUGUUUGUCAUUCAUUCCUGAGUACUUGGUAGGAAGUGUAUUCAUAAUAUGUAGGUUUUUAUCACGUCUGAACAACAACAAUAAUAGUUUCCAUAUCAAACCAAUGAUGUAUGAUGGGGUUGUAGUUCUCACAAAUGUGUCAUAUAUUUUUCUACUUAUUUUGAUUUUGACCCUUGAGCAGGAGACUGGUGUCUUGCAGGGUAAGAAGGUGAUAACGUAUAGGUUGAGAUGCUUAAGCGUGUGUUUGAGACAUUUCAAAAGAUAAGGCAGUUUUAACAAGGUCUUUCAUCAAAGUAAAGUGUUUCAUUGCAGUGACAGCAACCGAAAAAUAGGUUUAUACAUUUUUUGGCUUUUCUUUGAGUACUAAUUUAAUGUGAUGAUUGCAUAACAGAAGACUGAACAGGAUAGACGUGUUAAAAAAAUUCAACUACUGGAUCAAACCAAAUGAGUGAUCUCUGUGACUGCAUUAUUGUCAGUAUUUUUUGGUGUAUUUGGAUGCAGAUUGUUGCUUCAGUUAAUGAAGACAUAUCUCCGAGGCAGAGCCAAACAGACAGGGUGUUUCUAGCUAAUUCAUUUUUAAAUUUAAAGUUAUUGAACACUUGAGCUAUUAAAUGCUCUAACCAUAGUUCAUAUGAGUCAGAGUAGCUUAAAGCUAUUUAGCCAAGUUGUGUAAUGGUUUCUUUUGAAGAGCAUAAUGGUCAUAAAUGAAUAAAAACAAAGGAGCUGUUUCCAAUUAAAAAUUAUUUUCGUAACCUACUGAGGUUUCAUGUGGGCAUUAUGCCUGCUAGAAAUGUUAUCAUAACUAAACUUCCUAUCUGCAACAGGCAGAGUAUUGUACUGUCAUGGAUUAUGAAUAGGUGUUAGGGAUGUUGACAGCAGAGGCAUAAACAUUACAGUGUCUGUCUUGGUCUGUGAUAAAGAUGUUUUUCUAGGAAGCUUAAAAGCAAAGUUGCAAGAAAGUUUGCCUUUAAGAGCUCUGUGUUGUGCUUGACUUGCAGCUUGUUACUAUCUGCCAAAUAUGUAAAGCUAAACACGGACGUAACCCAUUUAUUUAUUGGCAUGAUUUGUCAUACUGCUGCACUGUGGCUCGUUCUGUUUCAAGCUCUGGACUUGCACCAGCUAUUCGUAAAUCCAUUACUGAAUGUGUGUGUGUGUGUGUGUGUGUGCGCGCGUGUAUGUGUCUUGCUUAAGUUACCGUAACUAGCUAGUUUCUAACUAGAGAAAAAUUGGGUUGCACCAUUGAAACUAAAUGGAUGUCUCAGCUGGUAAAAGCUUAGCGAUGGGUAAAUCGGUUGCUAGAAAUCAUCUAUAACAAUGUCAGAUCAAAGUCAAUCAAUAAUUAAAAUAGAAGCAUCACGAGCAGUAACAACCAAACAGCAGAUCAAACUUAACGUCAGUCUGCAAAUGUAGGUAAGAUUUGCCUUAGUAGAAAAUGGAUAUGUUUUACAGAUUUUAACAAUUUCCUGCGGGAUCAAUAAAGUUCUUAUCUUAAUUUAGUAGUAUUCAUACAGUUACAUACAAUAAGUUAAAAAUAUUCUCUAUGCGCUAUUUGUUCAUUCAGUCUGACAUUAC